AUCAUUCAGUUACUCACAAGCUAAUCGGUGCUGUUGAAAAUAAGUUAUAACACCACUGCUACUGAAACAAUUGCAUUUCAACACGUACUUGGAAGAAGAAGAAAAAAGAAGACAAUAAAUGCUGCUCCGGAUUAUUUUUGUCUAAAUGAGGAUAAGGUACAUUCAGCCACAUCAAUGAGUUUCUAGACUUCAAAAACUAUUUCCAGCUUUGCAUCAUGGGAGUUGUAGGACCACUCGUGUUUAAAUUGCUGCUCUGUGGCCUGAUUGGAAACACUACAUGCUCCUGUAAUGUGACGGAAUGUUUCACAGACUACAUAAGCUCACUGAGCUGCUUCUGCUCCUGCGCCCUCCCUUCCUCCCAGUACGAGCUGCUAACUCAGUGGGAUACCGACCCGUGGACUUCAAGCUGCAAACUGCAGCCUGUUGAAAGCGAUCCUGUGGCAAGGCUCUGGUGUGUUAUGAGUAUGGAGGAUCUUUUAACAAAUGAAAAUUACACUGUGUGUGUGCGGAAAGUGAGCAGCGAGCAGGAGGAGGAACUGGCAGGGUGUGUCUAUGUGAGCCUUGCGGAGCACAUAAAACCCCCGCCACCUUUUAACCUUCGACCAACAAGUGACAGCAAGGGUUACAACAUCUCCUGGGAGAUGAUCUACACUGAGGAUGAUUUCCUCAGCGGUAAUCUGGAAUACGAGGUGCGCUACAAGCAGACGGAGCAGUCAUGGGAGAGCCAAACUAAAAAACAUUUCGGGGAGGACCAGAGAAACAUAUUCCUCCCCUUAGACAAACUGGAGGACUGCGCGAUUUAUGUUGCUGAAGCCCGAGCCGGACCCAGAAAAAGCAGUGAAUAUACUGGUUCCUGGAGCGAGUGGAGUCUACCGGUCACCUGGAAGACUCAGUGUAAAGGCAGGCCGCUGUACGAGAUCUACGCACCGAUGGCUCUGGUGGUGGUGUCGCUUAUUGUGGGGCUCUCAGUCAGAAUUAGAACAAAAGGGCUGCAGAAGACGCUGUGUGGCCUCAUCCCCAGCCCGGAGGAUUUCUUCAAGCCACUCAAUGUUCUUCACUCAGGGGACUUCAAGAGCUGGGUCGGCCCUGUCUACACAUUUUCAGCGUUCGACUUUGCUGAGAAGAACAUGACAAUUCCUGUCGUAUGUGUCCAGCAGGACGUCCAGAAGAAGCUGCACGAGAUUGAGGAGGAGAGCUCAGGCAAGCACUCAACGGGACAGGGCAGGCUCAGGGACUCCAAACUCUAUUUCUCCAGUGGAAGCAUCACGACUGACCAGAGGGACAAAUCCACGGGCCACAUUUCUAUCGACACGGUUACGGUCUCUGACGAAGACGGGCUAUGCUGUCCUCAGUAUCAUGAGUCCGAACAGGAAGGAUACAGGGCCGGCCGGGGGAGUGGCAUCAGCUUGGACUACCCAUCUGCUGGGGAUCUAGAUAGCUCCAGCAGCUCCGAGGAGGACGGUCUCCUGGGUAGCAGGAGGGAUGGCAUGGUCAUCUCGUCCGGCUGCGUGUCAGUGGAUCAAAGGAGAAGCCACGAGGCAACGAACUCGAUGCAGUCGCCAACUCUGGGGCAACUUUUUGACUCCCAUGAUUGGGAGCCCGAGUCUGGAAACCUGUACCCUCGGCGCGACGCGGAGAGCCUCUCGCUUGAUUCUUUUGCCUCCAACGUUCGAUCUGAAGAGGAGUACGGCUACCCAAGAAUAGACCUGGACACUAUUGACAGUGGGUUCUUGGAAUCGGACUGCAGCAGUCCAGUAGAGUCUGAUUUUGACAGCAAGGGCCAAGUGAAUUGCCCCAUUUUAAUUGACGAAGACCACUCAACGAACUAUGUGAAACAGUGGGUUGCGUACACGGACACGACAUCAGACGAAGACUGUUCUACCAGUUAAAGCAGGAUAACAGUCUUUCAUUUUCAAAACAGCAUCUCGUGGUGAAGAGAUUCCAAUGGCUUCACUCUUGAAUUGUCUCUUGGGUAGUCCUGUUUCUGAACAUGGUGGUUCAUGGUGUACCAGUGACAGUAAAUAGGCCACAGACAAGCUACAAGUACUACCUUGAACCUGAGUGUUUUAUUUGAUUACACUUGGAUUUUAUUGCCAUGGUCAUGAACUUGAACAAUGGACUUAUCAUGGACAGAAUUACAGUAAGAGAACAGUGAAGACUGUUGAUACCCUAGAAUGACUCUGCCUGACCAUAAAAACAAAGAGAGCAUCAUGCUCUGGGUAUUAUAAUGAUCACAGUACUGUCUGCCGUAUGUGCCAGCUAUAGGCAUUCAAGAAAACUAGCAUUGUCUGUCAGAUUUACUUUAUGAACAACAUGCUCAUUACUUAGUUUUACAAAGAAUCAACAUCAACACAAGUUUACAGGAGUAUAAAAUGGAGUUUUUAGAAGCGAAUGAGCGCUAGGCUUUCUGACUCGACUGCAGAUAAUGCAUUACUUGUAAUCUGGUGUCUCUGUAUAGGUUGCAUUUAUAGUUUUUUUCUUUUUUUAACUGUAAACCACAGAUGUUUUCCAUGGUAAAUUUUCACAGUAAAUUAACAUUGUUACUGCUGUGCAUUUACCAAUCUUUACAUUGCCACCCUGUGCUUUACCAGUCCUUUACUGUAUGUUGCUGCACUUUCAAAUGCAUUUACUUUCGUACUGUUUAUACUGUAGUAAAAUCUUCAAUGGGUAAUAACAGCCAUGAAUGCAGUUUUAACUUCUUUGUGGAUAUUAAUAUAAGUUCUGCAGCAGUUGAUGUACACUGACAUGAACAAACUUUCAUAUUACACUAGAAAAAAAAGAGAAAUGUUGUCGUACAGUAGCUGUGAAUGAUGUGAAUGAAACUUCGUCUGGAGGUCUCUUAGUCCCUCAUGAGUACUGUACAAGGUCAACGUCAGUUCUGAAGUGUAAGGAGCGUCGCUCACUCUGCAGCAGGUCGGCUUGGCGAUUGACACUUUGGCAUGCAACUGUUUGUUCAGAAAGCUCUAGACAGUUGUAGUUGUAAUGUAGUCGGAUAUAGUGUAUCCUUUGCAUUCAAAAUACAUGCAUUUGAUCAGAUUUUAAUUGAAAAACACUGAGUUCUUUUUUUUUUUCAAUGCACACGUCAGUCCACAUAUCUGUUAUGAAAUGUUGAUAAUGAUGCAUAUUACGAGUUGUGAACGUACUGUAUACUACAUUUGUAUUUUAAGAAACACCCUUGUAGUCUACUAUAUUAAUCUUAAGAAUUAAGUGCAAUGCCUUCUCAUUUGUAUAAUGUCAA